UCGGAAUUAAAGUGCAUGCCGCGACGUUCGUUCCGAAAAGCACGUUUAUCAAAACUUCUGUUCCAGGUACCAAGCCGUGUGUAAUUGUAAUUUUAGAAUGACUUUAAGAUGCUGGUCAAGUGUCUCCCAUUGAUCUUCUUCUCCUGCGCCCUAGGAUUUCCCAAGAAGGUUCACAUAGGAGGGCUGUUCGACAAUGGCGAGGAGAUCCAGCGCGCCUUCGAGACGUCUGUGAAAACGGUGAACAAAGAACGUCACGAGAAUCCAGAAUUCGCGAAUGUUUUUCUCGUCGCCGAAUCCAGCCAGGUCGAAAUGGAGCCGUUUCAAGUGUCGCGAAAAGUCUGCGAAUUGAUGGGCACGGGAGUGGCCGGGAUUUUCGGGCCUCAGAAUAGAAUCAGCUCGGAACACGUGCAGAGUAUGUGCGACACCAUGGAAAUGCCACAUAUUUAUGCGAGAUGGGAGCACUCGCAGACGCGUGGUAGGGGAAUAAACUUGUACCCCCACGCGGAAACCCUUUCGGCGGUUUUCGAUCAAAUGAUCAGCGACUUCGAAUGGAAAUCGUUUGCAAUAUUAUAUGAGAACACGGAUAGCUUGAUACGAACUCACCGUAUACUGGAACGGUGGGAUGCUCGUGGCCAUACAUUCUUUUUGUACGAGUUGGGGAGUGGUCCCAGUUACAGGAAGGUGAUGCGCGAGAUGAAAGACGCGGAAAUUGAGAACAUCGUGAUCGAUUGCUCCGUCGAAAUUUUGUCGGAAGUGCUGAGACAAGCGCAGCAAGUUGGCAUUAUGUCGGAGAAGAACAGAGUCAUAGUGACAUCUCUGGAUCUUCAAACGAUCGAUCUAGAGCCGUACCAAUUUUCCGGGGUUAAUUUCACCGGGGUCAGACUGAUCGAUCCGGAAAAUCCCAUCGUGACGAACAUUGUGGAGAUGCACAAAAAUGAAUGGGGUUUAGACGAUGCUUCGCAGCUCCGGGUCGAGCCUGCCCUCAUGUACGAUGCUGUGCAACUUUUCGCGAGGGCAUUUAAGCGUCUGAAAGACGCCAUUAAGGGUGAUGUGAAACAAUUAUCCUGCAAUGGCAGUUUAAGUUGGGAGCAUGGAUACAGUUUGGCCAACUUUAUGCGACUCAGCGAAAUGGAAGGUUUGACCGGUUUGAUUAAGUUCGACACGGCCGGGUUCCGCAGCGAUUUCCAGUUGGACGUGGUGCGCGUGACGGAAGACGGCUUGAAGAAGAUCGGAAUGUGGAACAGCACGAACAGCGUCGAAUGGCUGCCGGAAACCCGUCUCGCGAAGUCAGACAUGGAGUUCAAUCUGCAGAAUAGAACGUUCAUCGUCCUAAUAGCUAUCAGUCAUCCCUACGGUAUGCUGAAGGAAUCCGCGGACAUGAUGACCGGAAACGACCGUUACGAAGGAUUCGGCAUCGAUAUUAUUCAGGAGCUGAGCAAGAUGCUCGGUUUUAAUUACACGUUCGAGGUGCAAAGCGACAAUGUGUACGGAUCUUUGUCGAAGAAGACAAAGAAAUGGACAGGAAUGCUUGGGAAGAUCAUUCGCGGUGAAGCUGAUCUAGCUAUCACCGACCUAACGAUUACAUCGGAUCGAGAAGGGGCGGUGGAUUUUACGAUGCCUUUCAUGAAUUUAGGAAUAAGUAUUUUGUAUCGAAAGCCAAUGAAAACACCGCCCAGUCUGUUCUCUUUCUUAUCACCAUUCUCGGCCGGUGUCUGGUGGUAUCUGAUCGGAGCUUACAUAUCCGUCUCGCUGAUGAUAUUCGUGAUCGGUAGAAUGUGCCCGGCCGAAUGGAACAACCCCUAUCCGUGCAUAGAGGAGCCAGAAGAGCUUGAGAAUCAGUUCACUUUCAAGAAUUCCCUGUGGUUCACGAUUGGUAGUAUUAUGCAGCAAGGUUCCGAAAUCGCGCCUAUAGGACUGUCGACACGAAUGAUGGCUACAUCCUGGUGGUUCUUCUGUAUGAUCAUGGUAUCAUCUUACACUGCCAAUCUAGCCGCGUUCUUGACGGUUGAGACAGUGGUAUCGCCGUUCUCGAACGUCGAAGAAUUAGCAAAAAAGAAGACGAUUAAGUACGGCGCGAAAAGCGGAGGAUCUACAAUUAAGUUCUUCCAAGAUUCCAAUUACCCGACGUACAAGGAGAUGUACGAUUACAUGAUCGCGAACAAGGAUGAGCUUCUGCCAGGGGACAACGACUCAGGACUGAAGAAAGUGCUCAGGGAGGAGUACGCGUUCCUGAUGGAGUCCAGCUCGAUCGAGUACAUCACAGAGAGAUACUGCAACGUGACUCAGAUCGGCGGACUUCUCGACGCCAAGAGUUACGGUAUCGCCAUGAAAAAGUAUUCUCCCUAUCGUCAUGCAUUAAACACUGCUGUGUUGAAGCUACAGCAGAGCGGUUUGAUCACAGAGCUGAAGACGAAAUGGUGGACGCAGAAACGAGGUGGUGGGAAGUGUCGGGAGGACGGAGGUGGUAGCCAAGCCGAGGAACUGGGUCUCGAUAACGUGGGAGGCGUUUUCUUGGUGUUGAGCGUAGGCGUCGCCUCCUCUUUCUUUUACACUAUAAUCGAGCUACUUUGGGAAGUUACCGCUACAUCCAGACGCGAGAACGUUUCAUUCAAAGAGGAACUAAUGGCCGAAUUAAAGUUCAUCGUGCAGUGCAGUAGCGCACCGAAACCUGUGAGACGAAGGAAAGGAUCAUCGAACAGAAGCGGAGAAGACAGUACCAGAGGCUGUACACCUCCUUACGGUUUUAUACCUGUGAUUAGAACCUCGAGCUCCGAUGACAAGUGAAAAUGCCAUAGAAAUCGAAUGCAAUAAACAAUACGAGUGUGUUAUGAAUUUUCCAUUACGUUUAGGUACCGAUUACAAUG